AUGGGAUGCUCGCCAUCCAAAGGAAAGUUAUUCUCCAAACCAGGAAAUGGCUCUACUCUGGAAACCGCUCCGUUGGAAGAAGCACCUUUGGAUUUUGUCAACGCUGGACCUGAAGAAAGAAAAAGUGUGGAGGGAAGUGUGUCUCCACCAACCGACAACGAACCUGCUCCGAACCCAGAUCGUCACAUUAUUGACACAACAAACAAUGAUAAGGGAAAUGAGAUGGAGACGGCGCCUGAAACAUCCAAUGAACCCCAAGAAACUGAUGCAGUGAAAGGGACGCAGAGGAAACCUAAAAUGAAGAAAAAACAAAGAUCAAACGGACAGCUGAGAAAGUCCUCUCCCGCUAAAGUGGACUUUCCCCCACACAUGGUGAGAGCCCAUCAAGCCGCCUAUGCCUAUCUCAACCCAAACAUCUCUAAAUUUGAAACAUUACUAGAGUUAUUGGACCAAGCAGCUCACACACAGCACUCUCUCCAACCCAUGAUGGCUGCUUUAGUCCUUCGUUUCGAGGAGAUCAACCAGGCCUUAGAGGAGAUGGCAGAGGAGGGGGAGUUGAUGCUGAAGGAACAUGGCGACUACAUGUCUUUAUCCUCUGGCAUGAUGGGUCCGCCUGUUAUAUCACCACUGAAAUCAGGCGAUGAUACAGGCCCAUCUCCAGACCUGCUCCAACAACUGCUCAGGCAUUCCUUGCAAAAAAUGAGGAUUGUGGGGGGAUCUUUCCAGACCGUGGGAGACUCUACUUUAGAAGACACUGUGGAGUACUUUGCGUCUCUCUCCAAAGUGUUGGUUAGAAAAAUAAUGGUCAAGCACGAUCUAGAGCAACGGAUAGCCACAGUUUUGGCUAAAGUGGAAGCAGCUGCUGUGAGGAAGGGUAACCCCGAGGAUUCAGCUCUACACAGUGAGGACAGUGGCAUCGGGGGUGAGAAUGACAGCGUGACGGGGUCAGACCGACAAAGAAGACACAGAGGCAGUGCUGGGUCUAGUAGCAAUGCAUCUAGCGGCAACGUAUGCGCAGUUUUACCCAGUAACAGAACAAACGAGUACAAUGAGGAGGACGAGGACCUUGACGAGGAUCUUGACGAGGACGAUGAAGACAUGCCAGUGCGAAAAAGGUCUAACUCGUCACCUCCAGACCCCAGCCAACCACUUCUGAACAUGCUCAAGAUGCAGAAGAAAGCGCAUAGGCCGCAAACUGCACUCAAUGGACUUGCUCAAAGCUCAGACAAGAGAAGACCUUUCACUGAUCAUCAAAGCAAUCUGGACAUCGCUGGGUUCCGAAGACAUUCAGUGACAGGACCAGGCUCCAACCAGAGAGUCUGUAAAACCAACCCAGCCUUUGCAUUUCAACGCCCAAAACCCCCGCCCUCAGUCAAGAAGCUGAUCAACAACUUCAGCAAUCUACCGGCAAACAGAAGAACAAGCAAGUCUCAAACCUGGACGGAUAGCCAAGAAGAUCCAGAUGAGGACAAUCUACCCCCACCCCCUCCAGAGGUACUGAUGGAUAAUUCCUUUCACAUCAUCGAGAGUAUGGCAGGCAAUGAAAAUCUAGCUCAGAAUUCGGCUAAAGCCUUAAACAGAAGACAAGGAUUAUCCCAACGUAUGAAGACGACAGUAGAACUUUUACCAAACAGAGCGAGUAUCAAGACCAAAGGGUUCGAUCUUGCUAACGUUGGUCCACAACAAGAGAGACAUCAGAAAGAAGCAGGUCUUGAUCCCGAUAGUAGUCUGUACCAACAAGCACGUGCGAUAAUUCACAUCCGGAGUGCGGCAGGACCUCUACAGCCACCCGUGAGGGGGGAUAGCCUUGAGGGGGAGGCUCCGUUCUCUCCGCCCGUCACAGCACCACCAGUGUCCAGGGUGCGCUUGCCUCCAGUGGGGCACAGACACCCAAGUCCACCGGCGAGACCCCAGUCCAGCUCCUCUCGGCCCGGGUCUCCGAGGUCUAUCGCUAGAGCCACGGACAACCCAGUGGAGCAGAUUGUCCCCUCUGUGUCAUUCAAGGAUGCCCGCUCCGUCUUCUGUAAGAACGAACCACAGCGGCCAUCUUGGACUUCGUGUGGGGCGUCGGUGCUUCCCAAACCGUGGGGAGAGAGCUCCAGAGGCCGGGCAGCGAGCCGGAGCACGGACUCCCCCCGCCGCGUACAGUCCGACCACAGGCCUCCCAUCACCAUCCGGAACGGGGGAGGCCGAUAUGACCAUAGUGUGCCUGCUGCUGGCCACUAA